AUGGAGGAUCCAACAUUAUACAGAAGUAUAGUAGGUGCAUUGCAAUACUUGACAUUCACCAGGCCAGAUAUAGCACACGCUGUGAAUGAUGUUUGUCAGUACAUGACUCAGCCAACUAAGGCACAUUUCUUCUUGGUAAAAAGAAUUUCAAGGUAUUUGCAAGGCACACUCGAUUAUGGACUCACUUAUAUACCAUCACAAGACAUCAAUAUCUUAGCAUUCUCAGAUGCUGACUGGGCUGCAGAUAUCAACGCAAGGAGAUCUAUUACAGGAUAUGUAGUGUAUGUUGGCAAUAAUCCUAUCUCAUGGCAAUCAAAGAAGCAAGCUUCAGUUUCAAGAAGUUUAAUUAAAGCUAAGUACAAGGCUUUAGCUCAUUGCACUAUUGAUGUUUAUUGA